UGUUGGUAGGGUGUCAGGAAGCAUGUUUAUCCUUUUCCCCUCCGUCUUAUAAGAUUUAAUCCUAAUACAUUCCAAAGCCCUAGCCUAUCAGUACUGUAGUCAGGUUACAUCUCCUUCUCUUAUCUCUCAAUAGAGAUUAAGCACCAAUAUGAGUUUCAGGUGAGAGAAACCAUUCUCAAACCAUAGCAAGAUGUGGUGGUUACUAUUAAUUAUCCACUUGAAAGGAUCUAGAGUCACCUGAGAGACCUCUGAGUAUUUUGGUUUCAUUAGUUGAAGUGGGACACAGCAACACAAAAAUAAACUAAAAUGCAGGCUAGGCGAAUUGGUUUUAAAUUUUGAUAUGAGAGAUAAUACGUUAUAAACUAAAGUAGUAACAGUGGAAUAACGAAAGUGGGUGUGAUUGAGAAAUAUGCAGAAUUCUGAAAUUCUAAGGUCUUUGUGAUGGAGAGCAGAAGGGAGUAGAUAGUUACACUUGUAAAUCAGAGAGAAUGUAGGGAGGAAGGUGUUACCAUGGGGAGGCUUGCACACUUGGUGCCCUUGGAACAUUUUAUGGGAAUACCUAGUUAGAAGAUACAGCUUUCACAGACAGUAGACACUGAAAAGUACCCAAGUGUCAGUUGUGUAUCAAGGCACUGUCUUGAGUGUCAGAGGGAACAGGGCCGUGAAUGAGCAACUCUGAGCUGACACAGACAUGAGCAAUGAUAGGUCAGGAAAUGCAGCAAGUUUUGGAAAACCUUACAGAGCUGCCCUCAUCUACAGGAGCAGAAGAAAUAGACUUAAUUUUCCUCAAGGGGAUUAUGGAGAAUCCUAUUGUGAAAUCACUUGCUAAGGCUCAUGAGAGACUUGAAGAUUCAAAAUUAGAAGCCGUUAGUGACAAUAACUUGGAAUUAGUGAAUGAAAUUCUUGAAGAUAUCACUCCUCUGAUAAGUGUGGAUGAAAAUGUUGCAGAACUAAUUGGGAUACUCAAGGAGCCUCACUUCCAGUCGCUCCUGGAGGCCCAUGAUAUUGUGGCAUCAAAGUGUUAUGAUUCGCCUCCUUCAAGCCCAGAAAUGAAUAUUCCUUCUCUCAAUAAUCAGUUCUUGCCAGUAGAUGCCAUCCGUAUUCUUGGUAUUCACAAAAAAGCUGGAGAGCCGUUGGGUGUAACAUUUAGGGUUGAAAAUAAUGAUCUGGUAAUCGCCCGAAUCCUUCAUGGAGGAAUGAUAGAUCGACAAGGUCUGCUUCAUGUGGGAGAUAUCAUUAAGGAAGUCAAUGGCCAUGAGGUUGGAAACAAUCCAAAGGAAUUACAAGAAUUAUUGAAAAAUAUUAGUGGAAGUGUCACCCUAAAAAUUUUACCAAGUUAUAGAGAUUCUAUUACUCCUCAGCAGAGUUACGUCAAUAUGGAGAGGCAUCCAGCCCACGUCCGUCAGGUAUUUGUCAAGUGUCAUUUCGAUUAUAAUCCAUUCAAUGAUAACCUGAUUCCCUGCAAAGAAGCAGGACUGAAAUUUUCCAAAGGAGAAAUUCUUCAGAUUGUAAACAGAGAAGACCCAAAUUGGUGGCAGGCUAGCCAUGUGAAAGAGGGAGGAAGUGCUGGUCUGAUUCCAAGCCAGUUCCUAGAAGAGAAGAGAAAGGCAUUUGUUCGCAGAGACUGGGACAAUUCAGGACCCUUUUGUGGAACUAUAAGCAACAAAAAAAAGAAAAAGAUGAUGUACCUCACAACCAGGAAUGCAGAGUUUGAUCGUCAUGAAAUUCAGAUCUAUGAGGAAGUAGCAAAAAUGCCACCCUUCCAACGGAAAACAUUAGUGUUGAUCGGAGCUCAAGGUGUGGGCAGAAGGAGUUUGAAAAACAGGUUCAUAGUACUGAAUCCUGCUAGAUUUGGAACAACGGUGCCAUUUACUUCAAGGAAGCCAAGAGAAGAUGAAAAGGAUGGACAAGCAUAUAAAUUUGUGUCCCGAUCAGAGAUGGAAGCAGAUAUUAAAGCUGGGAAGUAUUUAGAGCAUGGGGAGUACGAAGGAAACCUGUAUGGAACCAAGAUCGACUCUAUUCUUGAAGUUGUCCAGACAGGACGGACUUGCAUUUUGGAUGUCAAUCCACAAGCACUGAAAGUAUUGAGGACAUCUGAAUUCAUGCCUUAUGUGGUAUUUAUUGCUGCUCCAGAGCUAGAGACUUUGCGUGCCAUGCACAAGGCUGUGGUGGAUGCAGGAAUCACCACCAAGCUUUUGACGGACUCUGACUUGAAGAAAACAGUGGAUGAAAGUGCCCGAAUUCAGAGAGCAUACAACCACUACUUUGAUUUGAUCAUCGUAAAUGACAAUCUAGACAAAGCCUUUGAGAAACUACAAACUGCCAUUGAGAAACUGAGGAUGGAGCCACAGUGGGUCCCAAUUAGCUGGGUGUACUGAUGAUUGAAUAAGGUUAACAGUCAAAUAAAACUUUAAAACAGUGACUCACAAGUAAGCCUUCUGCUGGGAGAACACAUGCAGAGGUGAAGGCAUGCCGCAUCUAGGCAUUUUUAUUGUGUAGAUUGAAAUAACUGCACUAGGUGGAAUUUUUAUAUACUUGUGGUUGGGAAGGUGUACUAAUAUAUAAUUUCUCUUAAUUUUUCUAACUUUUUAUGGAUAAAACCUUUCUAUUCAUACCACAUAAAGAAAUGCGUUCAAGCAUUUUGUAAGUUUUGAUUUAGUACCCUUACCUUUUUCAUCAAAAGAAUUUUCAGAUCAUUCUCUCCAACAUUGAUCUCACAUUUUCACUGUGAUAAUGAAUACUUGAAAUAGUUUUGUAAUGCUGUCAUUCUUGUAAGUGGUUAGUGAAGGGUCAAUUAUUCUCUUAUUAGAAAAAAAAAUAGUAGUUGCUGACCUUCAUCAAACUCCUUACAGAAGCAGAAUUUAAAUAUCAGUGGUACAGCUAGCCCACUACUAUCUUAAUCUGUUCAGUGCCACCUCUUAUUCCAGAGUGUGGCUGUUCAUUCUAUUUGUACAAAUAAAUCAGCUCCCCACCUCCAUCUCUCUCUAGUAACUAUAAUGAAGAGCAAUAGCUUGCACUCUCUAUGGGAUUAUUCUUUUCGUUUGUCGCAGUGAUGUGCUGAUGCCGACUAAUGUUGCAUAUUAGCUAUGGAAGCUCGGGUGGAAGCAUGGUCAUGCACACAGAGAGUGCCUUAUCCUGCAAAACUUAACUUAGAGAACGUUUACUUAUUUUCAAAUAUAGAAUUUCAAACCUA